UACAGCUGCUACAUGCUUUUCCAAGAAUCCCAGUUUCCCUGGCAACCACUAUCCAGCGAUAUCUUUUAGCAUCAAUCGUUGGAGGAUCAGCUCUGACGCUGCAGCUCCACCGAAAAUGGUCGCGAACUCUGCCUCUCUGGCUCUGCUCCUUCUCCUCACUCUGAUUCGUCUGCUUUUGUGCUUCGCAGCGCAUGGUUUCCUCUUGUCAGGAUCCUCUUUGUCCGUAGAGGAUGUGCUUCACUCGCCGGAUGGCACUUUCACCUGUGGCUUCUACAGAAUCUCCCCCAACGCCUCCACCUUCUCCAUCUGGUUUUCCAGCUCGUCCGAGAAAACUGUCGUCUGGAGCGCAAAUCCUCUGCACCCCGUGUACACCUGGGGAUCCAAAGUUGAGCUAAAAUCCGAUGGCAGGAUGGUUUUGAGAGAUUACGCUGGCCAGGUUGUGUGGAGCAACAAUGUGAGCUCUUCAUCUGAUGCUCAGCAAGCUCAGCUCCUGGACACUGGGAACCUCAUUGUGAGGGGCAAAGGAGGUAACAUCCUGUGGCAAAGCUUUGAUUCUCCUACUGAUACAUUGCUACCCACUCAGAGCAUCACUGCUGCUACAAAGCUGGUGUCUUCAAAUAGGCUACUUGAUCCUGGCCGUUACAGCUUCCGUUUUGAUGAUCAAUACUUGCUUUCACUGUUCCAUGAUGAGAAGAACAUAUCUUUUAUCUACUGGCCAAACCCUAGCAUUACUAUUUGGUCAAAGCUUAGGACUCCAUUCAACAGCACUACAGAUGGGGUUCUGGAUAGCUGGGGCCAUUUCCUUGGAAGCGAUAAUGCAACAUUCACUGCUGCUGAUUGGGGUCCUGGUAUUGUGAGGAGGCUAACACUAGAUUAUGAUGGCAAUCUCAGGCUGUACAGUCUUGGUAAUGCGGACGGGGAAUGGUCAGUGACAUGGAUGGCGUUUCCUCAGCUCUGCAAGGUACGUGGCUUAUGUGGUCAGAAUGGAAUAUGUGUGUAUACUCCAGUUCCUGCAUGUUCUUGUGCCCCUGGCUAUGAGGUCACUGACCCAAGCGAUCGGAGCAAAGGCUGUAGCCCAAGUUUCAACCUGAGUUGUGAUGGACAGAAGGUGAAAUUUGUUGAGCUGCGUCGUACUGAUUUUGUAGGGUACGAUCUAAGUGUUCAUCGUUCUGUCCCUGUUGAAUUCUGCGAGAACGUAUGCCUGAAUGACUGCAGGUGCAAGGGUUUCGCCUACUUGGACGGAGUUGGCGAUUGCUACCCCAAGUCUGUUCUUCAUGGUGGUCUAACCAUAAGUGACAGCACUACCACCAUUACCAUGUAUCUCAAGCUUCCUGAUGAAGUAGAAGUGUCCAUGUCCUCAAUUGCACAUUCACAGCCUUUUGGUCCUAAAAAUGGCCCUCGAUGUAACACCACGGACAGCUUUUUCAUAGCAGAUUUUCUGGAUACCCUCAACAGUGGGCAGAGCGUAUCAAAGUUUCUGUACUUCUACGGAUUCCUAUCAGCAAUAUUUCUGGCGGAGCUAAUGUUCGUUUCAUUGGGAUGGUUUCUUUUGAGGAGGGAGGCCCAGCAACUCAGAGGAGUGUGGCCAGCUGAGGCUGGAUAUGAACUGAUAGCUAAACAUUUUCGCAGAUACACCUACAAAGAGUUGGUGUCUGCCACUAGAAAAUUCAAGGAUGAGCUUGGAAGGGGAGCAUCAGGCAUCGUGUACAAGGGAGUCCUGAAAGACAACAGGGUGGUCGCUGUGAAGAAACUGGUAUGCGUAAACGAGGGCGAAGAAGAAUUCCAGCAUGAACUGAGUGUGAUUAGCAGGAUCUACCACACAAAUCUAGUGAGGGUCUGGGGAUUCUGUUCUGACGGCCCACACAGGAUACUGGUCUCAGAGUUCGUGGAGAACGGCUCGUUGGACAGAAUCUUGUUCGACGACGAGGGCUCACAGGACUUGCUUGGAUGGAGCCAAAGAUUUGGCAUUGCUGUCGGGGUGGCAAAAGGGUUGGCAUACCUUCACCACGAGUGCUCAGAGUGGGUCAUCCACUGUGACAUGAAGCCUGAAAACAUACUGCUGGGUGAGAACAUGGAGCCCAAGAUCGCGGACUUUGGCCUCGCAAAGCUGCUGAACAGAGAUGGAUCUAAUAAGGACGUAUCGCGGAUCCGAGGAACAAGAGGUUAUUUGGCACCCGAAUGGCUUUACAGCCUGCCGAUAACGGCGAAGGUGGAUGUUUAUAGCUUCGGUGUCGUGCUUCUAGAACUGCUAAAGGGAGCUCGUGUUUCGGAGCUGGGACAGGAAGAGGAAGAGGAUGUGAAAAUGGCCCUGGGAAGGGUGAUCAGGCUAUGCUCAGAGCAGCUGAGGUCAGAUGGUGGCAAUCAGUCUUGGAUCGCGGACUUCAUUGAUACUCGGUUGAACGGCCAUUUCAACAACUCACAAGCAAGAAUGAUGAUGGAACUAGCUAUUUCAUGCCUUGAAGAAGAUAGAGCCAGAAGACCAACCAUGGAAUGUGUGGUGCAAAAGCUUGUAUCAGUUGACGAUGCCAGUACUAUAUAGCACACCUGUAAAUAAGUGGAAGUGAGGAACUGCAUUUAAUUUGAACUUGAAAGACUACACAACAAAGUAGGUUGAACAUAAAACAAGUAGUUCCAAAUAUAACAGUAAUAUACUUGCAAGAGUUAAUUGCUACCAUAAUUAGUACUUCCUCCGUUUCAUAAGGUGGGGUUGGGGGUUCAG